CUACCUGCACAAAAACGAAGUUUCUUUUUGUAUUGAUGAACAAUUAAAGCAAUGGUGUAGUGAUCGUGUAAGACAAUCAUUAAGACGAGAAUUCAAAAAUUAUUUGUAUAAUGCUUAUAUCAAAUAUGAAAAUACACUAUUAAAAUUAUUAACCAAACACCAGAUUGUGCCUCCAUAUAAUAUUAACUAGUUCGAAAAAAUACGCUUUAAGAACGAGAUAUUGACGCUUGAUAUGUUUAUGUUGGAGUGUUUUCGCGGGUAAAUUUGAUUGCAACAACAUGUUGGGAAAGAGAAUGCACCAUAAUACCAAAGGAAGAUUGGCUAGCAAGGGCCACGAUAAUGGAAAACCCUCAAGCCCGGGGCUAUCACCUUACAACAAGCCUGCCAAAAUACCAGGGGCUGUAUCAGUUGGUAAAACUAAGGUAGAAGUCUGUCCAAUACCCUAUAUAAAAAUACAAGACAAUGCUGUGCACUUACCGCGCUUCACAGCUAUCGCAGCUAGGUCUGCUGAUGAGCCAAUAGGCAUGGAUGAACUGGACUCUCUGCAGUUGGAGUUGGAAUCACUUUUAGGGAAUACAGCUCUUCGUAUCAGAUAUUACCAAGCUGAAAUUGAAAGUAUUGACACAAAUGAAUCUAAGCGAGAGAAGAAAGGAAAAGCUGCUGGUAAACAAUUACAAUACCCUGUCAAGAGAAAAUUUCCUGAUGACAAAUUAGUGAAAACCAAAGAUUACACUAAGUUGUCGAACCAACCCAAAAUGUCCAAGUUUAAAGUAGCCAAUGCUUCUACAGGUGGAUCCCACAAUUACUCUAAUGAUGUUGUGAAUUCAGAUAACUCUGUCAAACUAGAACUUUCACAGUUUGCACUGCCAAAGAAUAAUAUUCCAUACAAAUUCUGGAAUUCAGUUGAUCCCUAUUGUGCUCCAGUAACUUUAGAUGACAUCAAAUUUCUGGAAUCUCUGCUUGCACAGAGUAGCAACACAACUUUACCUCCAAUCCCACCUCUUGGACGGCACUAUUCUGAGGUAUGGGCUGAUGAACACCUUGCUGAAGACCAAAAUGCAUCAAACCCUAACAAACAAAAAUCAUCUAUGUCCCCUGACGCAUCAAGCAUUCGUAAAAAACUUGAGAAAUCAAAUGAAAACAUGAUUACUGGGCCUUUGACACAAAGAUUGGUAUCAGCACUUAUGGAAGAAAAUUUAAUGAAUUAUGAGGUCCCUGACGUAAAAGUGAAACAGACAACAAAUACCAAAAGUAGCUAUAAGAAUUCACUGACAUUAGAAAAAUGCUUAAGAAAGGAGUUAGUGGAGCAAGGUAUAUUGGAUCCAGAAGAUUUGCCACCUCUGACAAACCCAGCAGAUGAUGAAAUACUGGCUGAAAUCAAAAAGUGCCAAACUGAACUGACAGCAGUAAAGAAAGAUAAUUGUCGUAACUUGAAGCAUCUCAUUGGGCUGUGUAAACAAGAAAUGAUUAGACUGAAUCUUAAAAAACAGCUGGAUCAAGUUGAUAUGGAAUGUAUUGAUAUUUAUAAGAAAAUGGUAGCGGCUAAGCAGAAGAAGAGACCUAUCACUAAGAAAGAAAAAGAAGAUGCUUGGAGAGCUAUUAAUGAGCAGAUCAGGCUCAACAAAGAAAUUAAUGCUUUGCCUUUGACAGGUCCAAAUUCAAUCUAAACAAUAUUUUUAAAUUUAAAGUAUUCUAUGGGGCUAGUUUAAGAUUGUUAUAGGUACCUAUUAUUUAGAAAUAAAUAACAUCAAUAAUUAAA